GUCAUACCAAAUGCGUCCUGCCCUGGCUCGCACUGCGCCCUACGUGGGUCCAUAGCAAUGGUGUCACCACCGUAUCUGGGGCUCGUGUCUACGGGGAAGGGCUGGGCAAGAGGUCCGAGAGGUGGUCAGAAGAGACAGUCUCACUCUGUUGCCCAGGCUGGUCUUGAACUGCUGACCUCAAGUGAUCCUUCUGCCUCAACCUCCCAAAAUGCUGGGAUUCACAUGUGAGCCACCAUACCUGGCUGAAUUGUAUAGUUUAAAAUAAUGAAUUGUGAUAUGUUAAUUACAUCAAUAAAAAAGGCUGUGUCCGGGAACAGCUGUAGACCACACAGCCAGGCUACCCAGCGUGUGGGCCCAGCAGCCAGGCUGGAACUCUAUCUCCACUUACCUGCUGAGUGGCUGGCAGGAAGUUACUCAGCCUCUCGGUCAACCUGCCCCAUCUCCAUCUCUUAUGAGAUGAGUGACUCCCAAGACCCCACCACUUCCCCUGUAGUUACCACCCAGGUAGAGCUGGGUGGCUGCAGCUGGCAAGGUGGGGGCAAUGGGUUCCUCCGUUUUCGCCAGCACCAGGAGGUCCAGGCCUUCCUCAGCCUUCUGGAGGACAGUUUUGUCCAGGAAUUCCUCUCCAAAGACCCCUGCUUCCAGAUUUCAGAUAAGUAUCUUCUGGCCAUGGUGCUGGUCUAUUUCCAGCGCGCCCACCUGAAGCUCAGCGAGUACACCCACAGCAGCCUGUUCCUGGCCCUGUACCUUGCAAACGACAUGGAGGAGGACCUGGAGGGGCCCAAAUGUGAGAUCUUUCCAUGGGCCCUGGGAAAAGAUUGGUGUUUACGAGUGGGGAAAUUCCUGCACCAGAGGGAUAAGCUUUGGGCACGGAUGGGUUUCCGGGCUGUUGUGAGCCGCCAGUGCUGUGAGGAGGUCAUGGCAAAGGAGCCAUUCCACUGGGCUUGGACUCGGGACCGGCGCCCCCACCAUGGUGGGGUUCAGAGGGUCUGUCCACAGGUCCCUGUUCACCUUCCCCGGGGUCCUGGCCUCUCGCCGCCCCACUGUUCCCCCUGUGGCUUGCCCCAGCACUGCAGCCACCACCAGCUUAAGCCUGUGUCAUCCAAGUGCCCUUCUCUGACCUCGGAGUGUCAUCGUCCUCCUUCCCAAAAUUAUCUCUCAAGGGUCAAAAACGCCUGGGGUGGGGACUUUCUCAUCGUCUUGCCCCCCCAGAUGCAACUGGAACCAGGCACCUACUCCCUCCACAGUGAGUGCAGGAUGGGUCAGCAGCUACAGGGCUGGUGUGGGAGCUUGGGAGGCAGGAGUGAGGACCAACAGUAUGAGAGGGAGUGCUGUGGGCCUGGAUCGCCCUUCCUGUGUGAGCUCGGCAGGCUUCCUCUCUGAGCCUCACUCUUUCCUCUCCGCAGUCUUCCCAAAGCCUCCGGCACGCCCUGGGCACUGAAGCCCUGCAGGGUGAAGAACAGCACGCCUGCUGGCCCACUGACCGACACACCACUGGCUGUGCCCCCACCCCUGCCCCUUCCUCCCAGCCCGCAGCUUGUGCCCACUCUGGUCCUGGUCCCCUCUAAUAAAUUCAUGUCCACAGGACACCAACUGUG